GUUGGCGCGUAUGAGAAGUUGGAGUCUCUACAGUUUCGUUUAACCAAUAAACGGUGUAAAUAAGGCAUAUUUUUUAAUAGAAAAUUUAUAAAAAUAAAGCCAAAAUGUAUGUCCAGAGCCAAACAUAAAUAUUCCAUCGUGGAACGGGUUAAAUGCGUAUUAAGUUUUCAGUUUAUAUAUAGCGGUAGACGAGUACAGUUGGCUGUGAUUGUUGUGCAAAAUUUAAAAUAAUAAUGGAGUGUAUAGUGGCGAGCGUGGAUCAUAUGCGAUUUGAUAUUGAAGUUGCUCUUGACGAACAAUAUGGAGCUCUUCCUUUACCUUUUACUGGAAUGGACAAAUCCACUGCUGCAGUAUGUCAAUUUUAUCCAAGAGGUACCUGUGUUAAAGGUGCUUCUUGUCCAUUUAGGCAUGUCAGAGGAGACCGUACAAUAGUAUGUAAACAUUGGCUAAGAGGUCUUUGUAAAAAGGGUGAUCAAUGUGAAUUCUUACACGAAUACGACAUGACCAAAAUGCCAGAAUGUUACUUUUAUUCUAGGUUUAAUGCCUGUCACAAUAAGGAAUGUCCAUUUUUACACAUUGACCCAGAAACUAAAGUUAGAGAUUGUCCUUGGUACGAUCGUGGAUUUUGUAGGCAUGGACCAUUAUGUAGACACAGACACGUACGACGUGUUCUCUGUAUGGCAUAUCUAGCUGGCUUUUGUCCUGAGGGACCAAACUGCAAAUUCAUGCAUCCAAGAUUUGAAUUACCAGCUGUACAAGAUAUGCAACCUAAAGAAGGAAAGAAAGUAAUGAUCACAUGUCACUUUUGUGGAGAGGGUGGUCACAAAGCAAUUUACUGCAAUAAAAUGCCACCUGAUGUAAGGGAAGCUCAAGUUAGACAAGAAAUAGAAGGUAAUUCUCAUGGACCUCAUCAUAUGAACAUGCACAAUGGACCACCUCCACGAGGGCCACAGAAACCCCUGGAAGAAGUCACUUGUUACAAAUGUGGAACCAAGGGUCAUUAUGCCAACAAAUGUCCAAAAGGUCAUUUAGCAUUUUUAAGUCACGCGGGAGGCGGUGGAAGCGGAAAUCAGAGUCAAAAUUAUCGCAGAUGAUUUCACUUAUUUUAUUUAUAUAUCAUCGAUAUUGUGAUUCUAUUUU